AUGCAUAAUAUUUUCCUGGGAACUCCAAAGAGGAUACUGGAUUGGUGGAUCGAGAAGAAGAAGAUUUCAAAAGACGAUCUAGUCACAAUGCAGAAGACAGCAGAGACAAUGGUGAUUCCUGGCAAGUACACUGCUUUGACAAAGAAAAUCGGCAAAGGGUUUUCGUACAUGAAAGCAGACAAGUGGAAGUCUAACGCCCACACAUUCUUUGAAAGAUUCUGUCAAAAAUGUGAAACCACGUAUCCAAUCAAAAUUCUCACCUGUAACAUGCAUCUGCACCUCCAUCUUCACAAUGUCAUUUGUGAUUUUGAACCAGUGUAUGGCUAUUGGCUCUUCGGAUUUGAGAGAUUUUACAGUUUGUUAAAAAAUAUGAAAACAAACAGAAAAUUUGGGUUUGAAGAAACGUAUAUGCGAAAAUUUAUUGAAGACGUACACAAGGAAGACUAUGUCAAUGCUGUUCUUCGAUGUCCAAGACAAGCCUCCUUCCGCCAAUUCACUUUUAAACUUAUUUCAGCACCUAUGUCAACCUCUAUGCCAAUUACUGUCCCUACCAUUCGUCAACGUACCUUCCGUUUACAAUCCUUUAUUGAUUAUUCUGAAAAUCCAAAUCUUGUCAUCAAAGGCUAUGAGCCUCUCCCUCCUUCCACCUUCCCACUCCUUACAGCAGCAUUAACACCAAUGAGUAAUAUUCACUAUCUUCAUCUCUUGGAAUAUUAUAAGACUGCAUACAGAAAUCAAGCAUUGGUCCAUUACGAAGAAGCUUCAUUAUCACCAUACUUUGUUGACAACCUGAUAAAUAAGCUUAAAUCAAUAAACAUUCUUAACCAGACUUAUAAAGGCCACAAUGAAUCAGGACAUCAUGGUUCUCUCAUUCAAGUCAAAUUUUAUGGAGGUACAGGCCAGUAUGUACUCGCAUACACAGGUCAAAUUCAGUACCUAUUCACACAUUCCUUUGCCUCACUAUCUACCAACAACAACAAUUGCCAAUUCCGACUUAUGCAUUAUGAUCAACAUGUUUUUGCUUUUGUCAAAUGGUUUAUGUCAGCUGACAAUCAUUCUCGUUCACUUGAACAUGUUGAUAUUUGUUAUCCUACGAUCUCCCAUGACAGCCAUCAAAGCAUAUUGCCAGUGCAUCGAAUUUUGUUGCAAGUUGCUACAGCUGAGCAUACAACGCAUCAAAAUGUUAAAAAAAUACUAGUCAUUCCUUUACCAAAAAAACACUAUGCAUAG